CUAACUGUAACCCAAGUCUCUCGCGCCUCGCCCAGAUAGACAGCGUGUACUCCACCAGAUUUAUGAACACAACGCCUGCUUUGCUUUAAGCUUGAAAAAGAAGUCCUCAUCAGAGUUAAAAUGACUGUCCAUUUCAAGGGCAUCAGCAGGCAUCAGAGUAAACACAAGGCGAGGCGAGUGAGAGGCGCGUCACCACAGAGAGCAAUGCGAUUGGCUGGACUGCGCUCUGACCAGCUGGGAAUUCACAAAGAACCCCAGUUUCAAUCCAAGAAGAGAGCCCCCUUGAACCCACCUCAAGUAUCCACAUCCCUCCAGUGGGGAGCUCCAGGUGUUUUAGCCAGGAGGCAGAUUACAACUCGGCCCACUUCCCCUCCAGCCGAGGUCUCUAUAGAACAAGCAGGCAGCGUAGAGAAUGUAGAAACACCUCUAGCCCCAAGAACAGCCAAACCAACAAGAGCCUCAAAAACAACUCCGGUCCAGAAAGUAAGUUCAUCUGGUCAUCUGACCAAAGCCUCUGCUGACCAGGAGACACAAAAACAGCCAGCAGAUGGGGUUAACCAUGUACUGAGGAAGAAGGCAGGCCUAAAGUCAGAGUGCCAGAGGAAUGGCCGUCAGAACUCAGAGUAUCAGAGACAGUUUCAUUGGAAAAAUCCAGCAGCUGAAUCACCUCUUCUCACUGCCCAAGAGAUAUUGUACUCCAGCAACAGGUCAAUCCCACCUUUUAAGUCAAAUCCAGUAGUAAUGGAGACUGAAUACAAUAGAAGCUUUAAAGGAUCCCCUCCACCCAGAGGCCCACGCUUACGAAGAGACAUAGAACUAAAUGAAGUUUUACCUCUCAAAAUGGAGAAUAUGUCCCCAGAGCAGAAUAAGAAGAAGAAAGAACGGCAUCAGCGCCUCAGCAGGAAGUCAAGCCCCAAAGAGAAAACUCAUCAUUCAGAGCCACAGCCUUUAGGGCAGAAACCGGAGACACCACAAGCCCAGAAAUCGGUUUCACCCAAAGUGGUGAGGAAGUUGAAGACUGAAUAUAGCUCAAACUUCCGCUCUCCCCUUCAAUACAGCUACAGAGAUGGUGCCUGGGUCAGGGUCAGGACUGUAGGAGAGGAGGGUCACGAAUGGUAUCACGAGGUGCGUGAGUUGCGUGAGAAAGCAGAAGCAUAUAGAAAGAGGGCCUGGGGAACUCACUUCUCCCGACAGCACCUGAGCCAGAUCCUGUCAGAGCAGAACUGCUUAUGGGAAGCAUCUAGUGGUUCUUCUCCCUCCACACUCACUGAUGAUGACAUUCAUUCCACCAGCAGUCCCAUCAUCGAGGCCCUGGACCUGGCCAGUGUCAGGGAGAGCUGUAGCCCCAGCGCUUCCGUGUCCUUGGUCGCAAGUAGGAAAAUCUCUGGCAAAGAGGAAGAGCUUCCCAGCAGCCCCACCCUUCCUGGACAGAGGAGAAAGGCAUGGGAUGAGGAAGUAAAUCCUUGUGAGAGGGGCAUGGCUGAGAUAAAGCAGCGGAGGAAAGAGCAGCCAGAGGAGAUCAGUGGGGAAGGAAAUAGAAAUGGGCGUUCAGAAGACAACAAGGAAGAGGACAUUGGGGCAGAAACUGAGCACCCUCCAGAUGCAGAAGAGUCAGGAAACUCCAGUGAUGAUGGCAGGGUACCUACUCCCAGACUUAAAAUAAUGCCGGCUACACAGAGGACUCAUCAUGAUCGCACCACCCCUGCGACUGGUGGUGCUAUACUGGUCUCCCCUCCAAAGAUUAAGUAUACCAAGACGUUCAGGAGUAGUGAACCACCACUUGGGAAAACUCAUUCACCUUACAGACACCUCACUUGUGUCUCAGUGCCAGAAAAACCCAGCAAGACUGAAGGUGUGAGUUUGUCUCGUCCUCCUCUGGCGGCAGGGAUGGCAACCGUAGACCCACUUCCCUUAAGAGAAGACAUAUGGACUGAGGACUCUCCUGAACACUCACCUGAUCCGAAACCAGCCAGAAAAACAACUCACAAAAAAGCAAGCAGCGCUUGGUUCAUAGACAAUACCCCAUCACAUGCCAACAGAAUCCAAGGCACACUGAGGAACCCAGAGUUUCAGCAUAAUGGUGACCUGGGAGUACAUCGGCCAGACAGGAUUACUUUCCCUUCCAGUGACUGUCUAUCUGACAACGAUUUGGAUGACAGGAUGUCCCAGAUCUCAUUCCAGUCAGCAGCUUCCUGCUCCAUGGCAUCCCAGGUUCUGGACCGGGCGCAGAAGAGGAGAGAGGACUUCUGGGGAAAGAGUUAAUAUCAUCUUGGUGCUCAUACUGCUGCAAAAAUCACAGUCAUCUACUUACAGGCCUAUGCUAAUGUAUAAUGUAAAGUUCAGGGAAAUAAGUUAUAGAUUUGCCAUGUUUUUUAUUUGUCUUAAAGUAUAUUUUGAUACUUACAAUAUAGAAUAGCCAUGAGCAAGGGUUUUAAUGAUGUAAAUAAUACAAUAAUGAUCUUUUAGGGUUUUUAAAAAUGUGAUUCAAAUAAAAAAAAUGAUAUUGAUGGGUACAUUUUAUAUUA